AUGAACUUCACCACUCUCCUACUGAUCGUCCUAGCCGUUGUCUCAACCGUCAGCUGGUUCGUUCGGUACCGGUUCCUUAACGUCUACGCCAGACUGCCGCAAGAGUUCCAGCGAAAAGAGCCUCAGAUUGAUCUGUUCCCCGACUCGCAGGAUGGCGACUCCAAGCCAGGUUUGUCCAACUACCUGGACGAGUUCUUGAGCGCCAUCAAGGUCUUUGGCUACUUGGAGAGACCGGUAUUCCACGAAUUGACCAGAACGAUGCAGACUCGCAAGCUGAUAGCUGGAGAAACUAUCUCGCUCGAGGAAGAGAAGGGCUUCUGCUUGGUGGUCGACGGCAUAGUUCAAAUCUUUGUCAAGUCCCUCCGGGACGAUGCCUCCGAUGGCCUUGUCAACGGGGAGCACGACGACGAAGACACAUACCAUGAGGGCCAUCAGGGAUAUCAGCUCCUCACAGAAGUCAAGAAUGGUGCUUCCAUGUCUUCUCUAUUCUCUAUCCUGUCUUUGUUCACAGAAGGUGUAAAGCUCCGCCAUGAUGAGAAUGAUCAAAAUGGCCCGCGACCCUACACACCUGAUUCGACGUUGCAGACGCCGGCGAUGACCAACCCAGGCACUCCUGCUCAUCACCAGCACGAGCGAAACCCUUUUCACGAUGCCCACGGAGCUGCAGCUGCGCGCUUACCACGUGUCCCACCACUGAACCUCGAUCCUGCGUUCGAGUACCCCUCGCGCCGUGGUUCGCAGAGGCCCACAAGUGCCACCUCGGCGCAUCCUGAUAUCGUUGCUCGUGCGUUGACCGACACCACCAUUGCAAUCAUUCCUGCCAGCGCCUUUCAUCGUCUGACCAGAGUGUACCCCAAAGCAACUGCACACAUAGUACAAGUCAUCCUGACUCGCCUCCAACGCGUUACAUUCUCGACCGCGCACCAGUAUCUUGGUCUCACGUCUGAAUUGCUCCAGAUCGAGAAGCUCAUGAACAAGUUCACAAGUUACGACCUUCCCAAUCACCUUCGUGGAACGGCACUUGAUCGACUCAAGGACAAGUUCAGCAAGGAAAGGGAACGUCUGCGCGACGAAGACGUCACCAAAGGUAUCGCCUUACAUAACCCUGUCACCAACCGAAGACGUUCUUCCAGUAGCUUGAGGAAGGAGGCCGCCCUCGCCGCACGCAUUGCAGCCUCGAGGACAGCUGGCAAGCCGAGUGAGCAAGUCUCUGAUCCUGCCGAGGAUAAAUCGAAUAUGAGUGCUGGCGAUCUCGUCUCCAAUGCGCAACCGACGCGCCAAAUAUCUCGAGCCGGUAGUAUGAGCUUAGGAGAGUCCAAGCUGCGUGAAUUCUCAGGGUCUGAAGGCCAGCAAAGGGCAAUAAGUCCGCUGCAAGCUCGCGAUCGGUCACACAUACGCCCGAUCUAUCCAGGGUCUGUUGCAAGACAGGACACCAGUAACGAGGAUUCGAUGUUUCGAGAAUCGGUAUUGCAGAGCAUGAUCAAGGCACUUGGCCUCUCAGAGAAUUUAAAAGAGAACUCGCGGCGAGUACCAGCAUCAGUCGAGCAGUCUCCACGCAUGGUAUCCUUCGAUGCGAAGAAGCAGACCGCCGUGUUCAACAACGCGUUUGGGUUCAUUGAUGCUUACGAUGGGUCAGUCGAUGGUGACACCGAAUCAAUAACUGCAUCCCUUGCCAGCCUCAGCCAAGGCCGGAAUCUCGACGAUGAGCUGAUUGACGAUGUUGAGAUCGUCUUCUUUCCCAAGGGCUCUGUCCUCGUGGAGCAAGGCGAGCGAAAUCCCGGGCUCUACUACGUUAUUGACGGGUUUCUUGACGUCAGCAUACCAGUGGAUGAGAAGGAGGAGAAGGGUGUGCUUCUCGAGUCCGGUGCUCGCCGAACUUCUCGGGAUGCUCCUCCACAUUUGCGGAGAUCUCAAACGUCGACAUCCAGAAAACCCUCAAUGCCUGGGCAGACAAGGGAGCCUCGACGCCAAGCUCAAAAGUCUCUCUUCCUCGUGAAGCCAGGUGGUAUGGCUGGCUAUAUUGGCACGCUCUCGUCUUACCGAUCGUUCACCGAUGUUACCGCAAAAACUGAUGUUUAUGUCGGCUUUUUGCCUCGCUCUUCCAUCGAGCGCGUGAUUGAGCGGUUUCCUCUCGUGCUGUUAACGAUGGCCAAGCGUUUGACAAGCUUGCUUCCCAGGCUUAUCUUGCAUAUUGACUUUGCCCUGGAGUGGGUGCAAGUGAGUGCAGGCCAGGUCAUCCAUCACCAGGGAGAUGACAGUGACUCUAUCUACAUUGUGCUGAACGGCCGAUUACGUUCAGUCAAGGAGCUCGAUGAUGGCAGUAUGCGCGUCACUGGUGAAUAUGGUCAAGGAGACAGUAUCGGCGAACUUGAGGUCAUGACCGAAGACACUCGACCCGCGACGGUCCAUGCUAUACGCGACACUGAACUUGCGAAGCUGCCGAGGACGCUAUUCAACAGCUUGGCCCAAGAGCAUCCUUCGAUCACUAUACAGAUCUCCAAACUCAUCGCUCAACGUAUGCGGGCACUCGUGGAGGAUCUCGGCAACGAAAGAAGCCAGGAGAAAAAACGAGCAGCUCUGAGCGACUCUUCGACGUCCACGAUGAAUCUCCGCACUGUCACUGUCCUUCCGGUUACGGCUGGCGUGCCAGUGACAGACUUUGGCAACCGCCUGCUUGCGGCUCUCAUUCAAGUGGGAGUGCCUGGGGGCGUGACUUUGCUCAACCAGAGCAUCAUCAUGAGCCAUUUGGGACGGCACGCAUUCAGCCGCAUGGGCCGACUUAAGCUUACCCAAUAUCUUGCGGACCUGGAAGAGAAGUAUGGCAUGGUACUUUAUGUUGCCGAUACGAGCGUCAAUUCGCCCUGGACCCAAACAUGCAUCGCACAAGCCGACUGCAUCCUCCUUGUGGGUAUUGCGGAAAGCUCACCAAGUAUUGGCGAGUAUGAGAAGUUUCUGCUCGGCAUGAAAACUACUUCUCGCAAAGAGCUUGUGCUCCUUCACCUUGAGCGCUUCUCCCAGCCUGGGCUGACGCGUAAGUGGCUUCGCAACCGGGUCUGGAUCAACGGCGACCACCAUCAUAUUCAGCUUGCCUUCAGGCCUGCACCGGAAGCUACGCCUCACAGUCAAACCCGUCGACUGGGCAACGUUAUCAAACAGCGGGUACAGGUCCUCCAAGCUGAGAUACAGAAGUACACCUCCCGACGAGUCCGGCAACAACCCUUAUACACAGCCGACACCCCUUUCAAGGGCGACCUGCAUCGCUUGGCGCGCCGCCUCUGUGGUCGGUCUGUCGGGCUGGUGCUAGGCGGCGGUGGCGCUCGAGGCAUCGCCCAGGUGGGCAUCAUCCGCUCUCUCGAAGAGGCUGGUAUCCCGAUCGACAUCAUUGGCGGCACAUCGAUUGGUGCCUUCAUCGGUGCCUUGUAUGCACGAGAUGCGGACGUCGUACCCAUGAUGGGUCGUGCCAAAAAGUUUGCGGGAAGGAUGGGUAGUAUGUGGCGGUUCGCUCUGGACCUAACGUACCCAACAGCUUCUUACACUACGGGACACGAGUUCAACCGCGGUAUCUUCAAGACUUUUGGUGACUCCCAGAUUGAAGACUUCUGGCUGAGCUUCUACUGCAAUACCACCAACAUCAGCAAGUCGAGGCCCGAGAUUCACACGUCUGGCUAUGCUUGGCGCUAUGUUCGAGCCAGUAUGUCUCUUGCAGGCCUCAUCCCGCCCAUGUGCGAUGAGGGCAGCAUGUUGCUUGAUGGCGGUUACAUUGACAAUUUGACUGUCGCGCAUAUGAAGUCUCUUGGAGCAGACCUGAUAUUCGCGGUGGACGUUGGCAGCCUCGACGAUACCACGCCGCAGCAAUUCGGCGAUUCUCUUUCAGGCUUCUGGACGCUGAUCAACCGCUGGAACCCAUUCUCCAGCACGCCGAACCCGCCCUCACUGUCCGAUAUUCAGGCGCGUCUGGCUUAUGUCAGCUCGGUCGACGCACUCGAGCGAGCAAAGAACACACCAGGCUGCCUCUAUAUGCGCCCGCCUAUUGAUGCCUACGGGACACUGGACUUUGGAAAGUUCGACGAGAUCUACGAGGUUGGAUAUGCAUAUGGCAAGGAGUUCUUGCAACGGCUCAAGAACGAGGGCGAGCUGAGGGGAGUGAUCAGCGCCUGGGAUGAGAGCGAGGAGAGUAAGGGUCUGAGAAGGACCAUGGCACCAAGAAGAGCCAGUAUUUAA